UCAAACUGUCAGAAUUUUGUAAAGAUUGUAGGAGGUUUUGUGCUUCUAUUUAGUUUUUGUAAUAAAAUAUUAAAUAAAUACAAUGGCUAAGAAGACGUACGAUUUACUUUUUAAACUUCUCCUAAUUGGAGAUUCUGGUGUUGGCAAAACAUGUAUAUUGUUCAGAUUUUCAGAUAAUCAUUUUACAACUACAUUUAUAUCUACAAUCGGUAUAGAUUUUAAAAUAAAAACUGUAGAACUUAGAGGUAAGAAAAUCAAACUUCAAAUAUGGGAUACAGCAGGACAGGAGAGGUUUCACACCAUCACAACAUCUUACUAUCGUGGAGCAAUGGGCAUCAUGCUGGUGUAUGAUAUAACGAAUGAGAAAACAUUUGAUGAUAUUGUCAAGUGGUUAAGAAAUAUAGAUGAGCAUGCUAAUGAAGAUGUCGAAAAAAUGAUCCUUGGCAAUAAAUGUGACAUGGAAGAAAAAAGAGUUGUCAGCAAAGAACGUGGAGAGGCGAUAGCGCGCGAGCACGGGAUCCGGUUCAUGGAGACGUCGGCCAAGUCCAACAUAAACAUUGAGUGCGCGUUCUCAGAGCUAGCGGAGGCCAUCCUCGACAAGACAGCGGGACGCGAGGCGGACGCCGACCUGGCGCGCAUAGCAGUCGAGCGCCGACCCUCGCGUGCACCGCCCGCCCGCGCCUGCUGCUCCUAGGCUACCAGCCCACGACCACCCCCAUACUUAGCGUACCAUAUCUCCAUUACGUAAUAUCGGGACUAUUUGUCGCAAUUAUUUUAUGGAUGUUGGCGGUGGUCAGUGAAUAGUAGUUCCCGAAACAAGUUAGCAUUGUUCUCAGUGAUGUGUCAGUAGUUGUACCGCAUUAUUGACUACUUUCGGGCUAUAUGUGCUUAAAUAAUUAAAGUAAUUUUUUUUUCAAUUCUCUUUGGAAUGCUAAAUCAAUGUCGUGAGAAAUGAAAUGAUAUCUUUUUCUUAUAAUUAUUAAAAUUCAAGAUAAAUCCUGUCAAUUACGCUUUAACAUGUUAUUAUGUUGGUUGGUUGGUUCAAUGUGUUGAGGAUAUCUUUAGUAAGCUUACUGAGGCCUCACUAUCAUUGAAUUAGUCUGAGUUUCCAGAGAUUUCUCUUUCGUUAAUUUAAAUACACUUCUGUACUCUAUGCAUCUAUUGUUUAUUGGCGAAAAAUAGAGUGAAUUGUAAUGGUCAAUGCUGAAAAUUCUUCAACUAAAAUAUAAAUUAUACUUUGUGGUUAUUAAGGGACUAGGUAACUUAGGAUUUGUCAAUCCAUCUUCAUCAUAACACAAAUGGGGACCCUCAACGUCCCUUAAACGAUUGAAGUGAUUUAGUUGGUUUAGAUAAAGAUAAGAAAAGAUUAAUAUUCACAUUAAUAAAUUGUUUGAAUUGCAGUUUACUCUGUCUAGAAAGGUGCCCCACCCAACAUCUCGUAGAACCCACAAACGGAUUCUCUAAAGCGCCGUGCUGCGAUAUAGUUAAGGCGCGGUCAAUAAAGCGUGGGUCGCCCAUUAGUAUAGCGUAGUGUAAGCGAUGUACUUUAUAUACUUGAAACAAUAUUAUCGUAUGGUGUAUGUGUCGUCGGUUUUUACCCGCUUUUUUAUUAAAUUGGCAUUGUAAUUUGUAUAUUACAUUCAUAAUAAACGAUCUACUUUUA